AUGCGCCCCAACACCGCGGACGCAGAGGAGAUCCUGAGCAAGGGGGAGAACCGCCGGCACGCCGUCGAGAUCGAGCGCCCGGACGAGAAGCGGCAGCAGAAGAAGCAGAACGACGACCUGCAGCUCAUGUACGCCGCCCAGCAGCGCAGCCACUACAUCGCCAUGGGCAAGCUCGAGACCGACAACGGCGACCUGUCGCUCCUGGGCCGCUUCAGCAAGUGGCUCAAGCUCAAGAUCUACCAGUUCGAGGCGACCUACACCCUCACCAUGUUCUCCUCGGCCGAGAAGUUUGUGUUCUACUCGAUUCUCUUCCUCCUGACCAGCCUCACCAUGAUCGCCUGCUUCCUCUACCUGCCGCACCACAUCGCCUUCAUCGCCAACCGCGCGUGGUUCUACGUCCACGGCGACAACGUCGACGUCGUCGAGCGCACGAUGGAGGCCGUCUCGGAGCUCGCCUCGGCCAAGCUCGCGGCGGGACAGGCGACGUCGACUUCCUUCACAGUAGCGGAGAAGACCGUGUCCAUUGUGCGGGAGCUAUGA